AUGGUGGACUUCCCCGGGUACAGCCUGUCAGGCGUGGCUGCGUCCUUCCUCUUCAUGCUGCUCACCAUGAAGCAGUCAGAGGACUUCAGAGUGAUUGGUCCUGCUCCUUGCAUCCUGGCCAGGGUCGGGGAAGAUGCCCUCCUCACUUGUCAGCUCUUCCCCAAGAGGAGCGCGGAGCACAUGGAGGUGAGGUGGUACCGCUCAGAGCCCAGCACGCAUGUGCUGUUUGCACACCGGGACGGAGCUGAGGCGAGCGAGGUGCAGGCGGAGGAGUACCGGGGCCGAGUGGAGUGGGUAGAGCACGACCUGGCCGAGGGGAGUGUGGCUCUGAAGAUGCACAACAUCCGGCCAUCCGACGACGGGCAAUACUGGUGCCGUUUCCAAGAGGGGGACUACCAUAGAGAGACCAGCCUGCUGCUCCAAGUGGCAGGUCUGGGUUCCGCCCCACACAUCCACAUGGAGGGAUCCGUGGCAGGCGAGAUCCAGCUUGUGUGCACGGCGGAAGGCUGGUUCCCAGAGCCCCGGGUUCAUUGGGAAGACUCCAGGGGAGGGAAGCUGCUGACUCUCUCUGAGCAUCACAUCCCGGAUGAGGAUGGCUUGUUCCACGUGGAAGCCACGCUCGUGGUCAGGAACGCCUCCACAGAGACUGUGUCCUGCUCCAUCCACAACCCUGUCCUCACCGAGGAGAAGAGCACAGUCUUUUCCAUCCCAGAGAAACUCCAAACUGAGCUGGUUGGACUGCAGGUAUUUUACUGUGCCUAA